AGGAAGAACCUUAUAAACACGCCCCAGCCCACACACCACGCGACGGUGAAAAGCUCUGAAAGCGACGGCAAUGACAUCUGAAAACCAACCACGACAUUCCCAAAGCGAGUUGCCCUGUGUCCUCAGCUUAAAACUGCCGCCAUCCUUCCUCACCUUUGGUGACCAUUUCUUUGACUCGCCCAAAUUCCAAUACUUGAAAGCAUACGAAUCCCCACUCCCUCUCCCCCAGUUCUUGCAGGCACAUGCACAGUCGGUACAAGCCAUUCUCGCAUCCGGUGCGGCUCCCGUAACGGCCGAAACUAUCCGCCUUUUGCCCCGUCUGGGUUUGGUCGUUACCACUAGCCAGGGCCUUAAUCAUAUCGACCUCUCCGAGUGCCAUCGCCGUGGCAUCGCUGUGGCUGGAGCUGGAACUUUAUACUCCGCUGACUGUGCAGAUUACGUGGUCGGAUUGUUGAUCGACGUUUUGAGGAAGAUUUCGGCUGGCAACCGCUAUGUCAAGCAAGGGCUCUGGCCUUCCCAAGGAGACUAUCCACUUGGCUAUAAGCUUGGAGGUAAGCGUGUUGGAAUUGUAGGAUUAGGGAGUAUUGGAACAGAGGUUGCUAGAAGACUGGACGCAUUCGGCUGUUCCAUUUCAUACAAUUCAAGAAGUAAAAAAUCAUUAGUACCAUACACCUUUUAUCCCAACGUGCUUGAACUCGCGGCUAAUUCCGAUGUCCUUAUAAUUUGCUGUGCUUUAACCGAUGAAACUCACCAUUUGAUCAACAAGGAAGUGUUGUCAGCGUUGGGGAGUGAUGGAGUCAUUAUUAACAUAGCUCGUGGACCGAUCAUCGACGAGAAGGAAUUGGUGCGUCGUUUAGUUAAAGGAGAGAUCCGAGGUGCUGGCUUGGAUGUGUUCGAGCAUGAACCUGCUGUUCCGGCCGAGCUCUUUGCAUUGGAUAAUGUAGUUAUGUCUCCUCAUUGUGCUGUUCGUACAUGGGGAUCUUUUGAAGAUUUGCGUAAAAUAGUAAUCGGCAACUUCGAAGCCUUCUUCUCGAAUGAACCCUUAUUAACUCCUGUUGCUUUGGAUCAUCUACCACAUUUGUCACGUUAGCUACUGUGCCAUUAUCUUCUGUUAUAAAUAUACUGCAGGGUUUCAUGAUUAUGUAGAAACGAGGAACUGAUCAAAUAUUUGCAGGGGGGAAGGACCGAGUGUAGGCGAGCGAUGGAGAGCACCGGGACUAAGAGUUGGUGCAUUAUUAGGUGAUUUGAACUUGUAUUGUGAGUUUGAGAAUAA